AUGUUAUCUUCACCGAGCUCAACUACUUACAAACUGAUAGGGAUCUCAGUGUAUGUACCAUACACACAAGGAAACUGGAGAGGAACUCUAGGGUCAGAUCUGGUGACCUUGACCUCAUUACCUAAUGUCACUGUGAGAGCUAACAUUGCAUUCAUAACAGAGUCGAAGCAGUUUUUCAUCAAUGGAUCAAACUGGCAGGACAUCCUGGGAUUGGCUUACAGGAGUAUAGCACGGACAUUUGGAGGAGUAGACCCCGGGCUUCACAGCAGUCCUGUAUACUACACAAACAUACACAAACAAUGGUGUUACGAGGUCGUCAUGGUGGAUGUUGAAGUGGAUGGAGGCAGCAUCAAUCUAGAUUGUAAAGAGUACAAUUUUCCCAAAACUAUUGUGAACAGUGGAACCACGGAUCUAAGAUUUCCUAUAAUGGUGUAUGCAUCAGUGAUCAAACACAUCAAAAACUAUGUCCAGAAAUCUCCCAAUGCUCCUCCAGUGAGUCUUGGUUUUUGGAAUGGGGACAUAGACUUGUGCUACAAAGAUGGAGCCAUUCCUUACAACAUAUUUCCUUUUGUAGCCUUAGAGUUUGCUGAGAAUGAGCAUCAGUCAUUCAAAAUAAUUGUCGCUCCACAGCAAUACAUUAAAUCUGUUGGGAAAAAAGAUGACAAAAACCCGGAUGAAAUAUGUUUCAAGCUUGGUAUUGCAAACUCAACAUCUGGAAAGUGCAAAAAGAAAAACACAUACAAAGAGGGAGGGGAUGAUGUAUUUUCCUUACAUGACAGAAGCACAGUCAUUGGAGCAGUGAUCAUGGAAGGGUUUUACGUGGUCUUUGAUCGACAGAACAGCAGAAUUGGGUUUUCAGACACAACAUGUCCUGCAGUGGCCCAGAUGUUUAACAAGUCACAUGUGUCUGGUCCUCACAAAUUUUCAGGUUCAGUGGGAAACUGUGCCUAUGCCAAACCAGAGAAAAACAACAAAACCUUGGUCAUUGUGGCGUACGUGUUAGCGGGGAUCUGUGGAGCCUGUAUUCUGCCUUUGUUUAUUCUCUUUAUUCAGUAUCAAUGGCGGACGUCAAAGUGUUACGAGAAAAUGAAGAGGAAGAAUUCUGAUGGAGACUCUAAUGACUUAAUUGAUGAAACAAACUUUAUGCAUGAUUCUAAGUCUCCGAAUGCUCCUCCAGAGAGUCUUGGUUUUUGGAAUGGGGACAUAGACUUGUGCUACAAAGAUGGAGCCAUUCCUUACAACAUAUUCCCUUUUGUAGCUUUAGAGUUUGCAGAGAAUGAGCAACACUCAUUCAAAAUCAUUAAACACAUUAAAUCUGUUUGGAAAAAAGAUGACAACAACCCAGAUGAAAUAUGUUUCAAGCUUGGCAUUGCAAACUCAACAUCUGGUUCAGUGGGAAACUGUGCCUAUGCCAAACCAGAGAAAUCCAACAAAACCUUUGUCAUUGUGGCGUACGUGUUAGUGGGAAUCUGCGGAGCCUGUAUACUGCCUUUGUUUAUCCUCUUCAUUCAGUAUCAAUGGCGGACGUCAAAGUGUUACGAGAAAACGAAGAGGUAGAAUUCUGAUGGAGACUCUAAUGACUUAAUUGAUGAACCAAACUUUAUGCAUGA